AUGGAGACGAAGAGGAGGAAACCCCUUCUGAUUUGCUCUAUAGCGACCGCCACUGUCGUCGCUAUAGCCAUCCUCGUCGCCAUAACCCUAGCGUUCACCGUGUUCAAGCCCCGCGACCCGGCCGUCAAAAUCUACCUAGUGGGUCUGCGCAAACUCGGCGCCGACGAUUUGCUAUCGGGCCGGAACGUCACGACGGAUAUGGUGAUCGGAAUUAGCAACCAGAAUUACGCCGGUUUCAAGUACGCCAACGCGACGAGCUUGGUGACAUAUAGCGACGACUUGGUGGUGGGCGAGGUGCCCGUCCCGGGGGGCGAGAUCCGGGCGCGGUCAGACGUGAACGUGACGACGUCGGCGGUGCUGAUCCCGGCGAAGCUGAUGAAAAGCAGGGCGGCGCUUGAAGAGGCGUUGGUGAGCAAGGCACUGAAGCUGAAGGCGGCGGUGAUGUUGCACGGGACGUCGUCGUUUUGUGGGGUGAAGGUGAAGACGUCGGUGUACACGGAGUGCCAUCUCACGGUUGUGCUUGGGAAGGUGCCGAGAGGGGAGAGCUGGUGUUGGAGCAAGCUGAAAAUAAAUUAA